AUGGGCUUGAGAGUGGCCGCAUGAGGAAGCAGACCCAGGAGAUGCAAGGAGCCGGGGAGAUGCCGGGGCCCGGAGAAACACCGGACCCGGAAGAGGCAUUGCUGGCGACCAUCCUGGAAACUGGCAGGACGGGGAUUGUUGAGGACUACAUCUGCAACUCGCUUGUGAAGGAGCAGUGGGACGAGGAGCAGACACGCCGUAUGGAGGAGAUGUACAGGCGCGAGAUGCAGGAGGUGUUGGGCCCGGAACAGCAGGCGUUCGGGGCCGAGGUCGACGCCAGCGGGUCUUCGCAACCACUGCCAGACCCACAGCUAAGUAUGACCUGGCCAAUCGGGCGGAAGCCGGGUGAUGUGGAAGCAGUACCGAUGACAUACAAUGAUGUGAUGUGUUCUAAGUACAAAGUUUUCUGGGAGGCGGCCAUGAAGAAAGAGAUAGAUGGCCACGACAAGACUGAAACCUUUACCAAGGCCAAGGAGCUGCCCGAGGGGCGGAAGGCCAUAGGUUCAAAGUGGGUGUUCUCUUGGAAGACGAAUGAGGAGGGCCUGAUAGUCGACUUCAAGGCCCGUAUGGUUGCGCGGGGUUUCUCUCAAAUCCCCGGCAUCGACUCCCACCACUCAUCCUCAGCGUGCCCGUCUGCAGCGUCUAUCAAGACGGUGAUUGCCGUAGUCACUGAAAAGGGCAAGAAACUCGCUCGCUGGGAUGUGAAGCAAGCGUACAUCCACGCUAAGCUAAAAGAACAAAUAUACCUCAGGUUCCCGGAAGGCUGUGGUAACAUGUCCGGCAAGGUGGUCAAGGUUGAGCGUGCCCUGUCUGGCCUAAAGCAGAGUGGCCGUGAGUGGGGGUUUAAGGCUGCCGAUGCCGUCAUCGAGAAUGGAUACGAGCAGUGCAGGGUUGACCCGUGUGUCUUCCGGAAGGUGGUGGAUGGAGAGGUCGUAGGUCGCAUCGUGAUCUACGUUGAUGACAUCUUAGUGGCGGCAGACGAGGGAGAGCGAGAGGAGUUGUUCGCUUCCUUCAACAAGAAUUUUCCGGUGAAAGAUCUGGGGAAGUGUACCUGGUACGACGGGUGUGCUAUCGCCAUGGAUGUAGAAAAUGGUAUCACCAAGCUGUCCCAGACAGUAUACAUUGAGAGGAUGCUGAAGCGGUUUGAUGUGACCACGACCGCUUUCACCCCUGCUGCCACCGAUGCCGACCUAGGCCCGAAGAGAGAUGACGAGCCCGCGGUGGAUAAGCCUGUGAGGGAGGCGAUCGGAUGCCUGAUGUGGACGAAGCUGACGAGGCCAGACAUCGCCCUGCCUCUGAACAAGCUCCAGAAGAUCGCCCACUCACCCACCGGGAGGAUAUGGAAACGCGCUUGUGCGGAUCAUGGCCUACCUGAACUUCACGAAGGACUUCGGCAUCACCUACGUACGGGGGUCAGGACUAGACCUAAGCGUGUUUGUCGAUGCCAGCUACGCUGACAACCAAGUAGACAGGCGUUCUUCGACCGGGCUAGCUGGCGUGAAGGAGGCGUUGUUUGUGCGUGGCGUUCUGUGGUUCAAAGCGCCCGAGACGAGUGGGGCGAAGAUCAAGGUCCUUGAGGAC